AUGGGCAGUAGUCAAUCAGCUAAUCGUGCUGCGAAAUUCAGUGGAGCACGAAGAAGAGUACGAGCUUGUAGUAGUGCUCCAGCUACAGGAAACUUACCCAGGCGACAACCGUCACUCAGAAAUACAAAUAGAAGCGUUAAAGAAUUCUCUAAAUUUUGGUCAGAUGGAGGCUCUGUGAGAACAUCUAGGAGAUGUAAGAGAUCUUCUUCCUCUCACUCACGGUCCAGUAGUGUGCGGAGAACUCGUGGUUCCUCAAUGGACCCGGAUCGUCUUUCUCCUCGAUUAGGGCCUUUACCCACACCGCGAUCACCAAGGAGGGACACGUCACGUUCUCCUGAGGGAAAGAGUCCUUAUUCAGUUCACAGCGCCGAGAAGUUUGCCAUAUCUCCUUCAACUCCAAUAGAAAACCAAAGUAUUACCUAUUAUAGGCAUACUAGACAGCAAGAAACAGCUAUAUAUUAA